AUGUGGGGCAAUGGAAGGACAUUCGAAGUACAGAUAAGAAAUGAGAAAAAUGGCGGAGCAUGGUGCCCGAAGGCCCAAAUCAGCAGCGAAGUCAAAGAGUACCUCGAGGUGGACCUGCAAAAGAACCACUUGAUGACUUGGACAGAGACCCAAGGUCGUUUUGGAAAUGGCCAGGGUCAGGAGUAUGCUGAGGCCUUCCUGGUGGAAUACUGGAGGACCACUUUGAACCAAUGGGUCACCUACAAGGAUUCCAGGGGAGAGAAGGUUCUGACUGGAAACAGCAACACCUACCUAGUGGUCCGGCAAAGACUAGAGCUGCCUUUCAUCGCUAGCAAAGUGCGAUUCAUCCCCUACAGCGAACACCCUAGGACUGUAUGUAUGAGGGUGGAGCUAUAUGGAUGCCCUUCGGAACAAAAUGUGAUUAGCUAUGAAGCUCCAAGAGGAGAAGUCAGAGAACCUGAUAUAGAUCUAGAAGAUAUCAGUUACGAUGGAACACUCAGUGGAAGGAUGAUGGAAGGUGGUUUAGGACAAUUGGUAGAUGGAUUGUAUGGGGAUGAUGAUUAUCAGAAACAAUUACAGGGUGAACAUUCAGGUAUGUGA